GGUGGCGCACUGUGCGCGCCGAGCAGGCGAAAGGCUAGCGCCCGCGGCGGCAGUAGAAGCACCGGCAGUCAAAGCCGGCAGUGGCUUCAUCUUAGCAUCGACAGUCUUGGCGGCCUUGGUGGCGGGAACCCUCUGCUCUCUCUUCGGUCUCUCGCUCCACGCUUGGGGCAGGCGCGGCGGCUGUCCCGGAAGAGGCAUCUGGAAGACAGUCCAAACAGAGCCCCAAAAAGAGGGCAGCUGGGUUCGAAGAGUUGGUAGGCGUGAGGCAAAUAGCCGGGCGAGAAGGAGCCGGUCGCUGUUGUCCCCUUUCCUGUUCCCAGCGAUGGGGAAGCAGCUGAGGCCGCGGGAACUUUGAAGGCAGCGGGUCCCUGGGUUUGAGGGUUGCAAGCUCCUGGGGACUCCGAAGUCUCUCCGCCCCAACAUCAGUGGCGGAAGCAUCUCCGAACCCACCCGGGCCCCUGCGCAGCCAGAGAGGAAGUUCUCCGCAACUUCGUCUGAGACGUCGGAGAGGCAGUUGUAGAGAGACGGAGGGGGCAAGUCCGAGCCCCAGAGACUCAGAGAAACAGAGAAAAAGGAUCUGGUGGAGACUGAGGGGUCGAGGUGGGACCCUAGAGGCAGCGAGGCCGCGGAACCAGCCUGGCAGCCGGCGGGCCUCGCUGCUUCCUGAGUGAACCUAAGGGCCGUGUGUUCCGGCGGCCUCCUGACAAGUGCUCCUGCAGGGGACCGGGAGCUCCUAGCGGUGCUGGAGGUGGGCCCCUACGCUAUGUCCCCGAAGCCGCGGGCGCCUUGGCCGCAGCUACCCCGGGCUGGGCCCGGAACCGCCGCCUGAACCAGCCGGGGAACGAAGCCAGUCAGAGUUGGGCGCCCGCUCCCAGACCGACUGCGCUAGCGCCGUUUCCCGCCUCUCCGCGGAGCUUUCGACAAUCUUCAGCAGGGAGGCUCUGGGAGAGACCCUAAGACUCCAGCAGUGUUUUCUGAGCCUGGCUCGCACGGUGCCCGGCCUGGUGGCACGGUUCCCUAGCCGCCCUGGGCAGCCCCUUGGCGCCGGGAGGCGGCGGCGUGGGCCGGCCUGCAGUCUGGAGCGCCCCGAUGGAAAUACACUGUAAGCACGACCCGUUUGCAUCCAUGCAUAGACAUGGAGGAGUGAAUCAGCUUGGGGGGGUUUUUGUGAACGGACGGCCACUUCCAGAUGUAGUCCGCCAAAGGAUAGUGGAACUUGCUCAUCAAGGUGUCAGGCCCUGCGACAUCUCCAGGCAGCUUCGGGUCAGCCAUGGUUGUGUCAGCAAAAUUCUUGGCAGGUAUUAUGAGACAGGAAGCAUCAAGCCUGGGGUGAUUGGAGGAUCCAAACCAAAGGUUGCCACGCCCAAAGUGGUAGAAAAAAUCGCUGAGUACAAACGCCAAAAUCCCACCAUGUUUGCCUGGGAGAUCAGGGACCGGCUGCUGGCGGAGCGAGUGUGUGACAAUGACACGGUGCCCAGUGUCAGUUCCAUCAACAGGAUCAUCCGGACAAAAGUUCAGCAGCCCCCCAACCAGCCUGUCCCGGCUUCCAGUCACAGCAUAGUGUCCACGGGCUCUGUGACACAAGUGUCCUCGGUGAGCACGGACUCAGCCGGCUCGUCGUACUCCAUCAGUGGCAUCCUGGGCAUCACGUCCCCCAGCGCUGACACCAACAAGCGCAAGAGAGAUGAAGGUAUUCAGGACUCUCCGGUGCCGAAUGGUCACUCACUCCCAGGCAGAGAUUUCCUCCGGAAGCAGAUGCGGGGAGACCUGUUCACGCAACAGCAGCUGGAGGUCCUGGACCGCGUGUUUGAGCGGCAGCACUACUCAGACAUCUUCACCACCACGGAGCCCAUCAAGCCCGAGCAGACCACCGAGUAUUCAGCCAUGGCCUCACUGGCCGGAGGACUGGACGACAUGAAGGCCAACCUGACCAGCCCCACCCCUGCGGACAUUGGGAGCAGCGUGCCGGGCCCACAGUCCUACCCCAUUGUGACAGGCCGCGACUUGGCAAGCACGACCCUCCCCGGGUACCCUCCGCACGUUCCCCCCGCCGGACAGGGCAGCUACUCGGCGCCGACGCUGACAGGGAUGGUGCCUGGGAGUGAGUUUUCCGGGAGUCCCUAUAGCCAUCCUCAGUAUUCCUCGUACAACGACUCCUGGAGGUUCCCCAACCCGGGGCUGCUUGGCUCCCCCUACUAUUACAGCGCUGCUGCCCGAGGAGCUGCUCCGCCUGCCGCUGCCACUGCCUAUGACCGUCACUGACCCUUGGAGCCAGGCAGGCGCCAAGCACUUAUGACACAUAUCAUUGAGAGAGAGAGCCUCCCAGCCUCCCUACCAAGACAACCAGAGGGGCCCCAACAAGACCAUCCCCCAACCAGCCCCUACUCAUCUGAAACUCCCUCCCUCCCCUUUUCCUGCCAAGUUCUAUAGUAGGCCUGUUGGACUUCUGAACCUUUGUCUGUUUCAAGUGUCAAUCAGUGAGCUUCUCCCAGUGGUGACCAGAUCUCUGACAACCAAUAGACUGUUUGCCAGACAACUGCAGCCCAGCCCAACCUGCCAGUCCCCCAGCUGUCUGACCUCUGUGAAUCUUAUCCACCAUAGGUCUGGGAAGGGAAGAUAGCUUGUUGCUUCAACAGCACCCGUGUAUAUACACCUUUUUGCUUUUCUGUGGACCUAAAGGUCCACAUGAGCAGACUUCCCAUCCCAUGAUGAGCUCACAGUGUCAUAGGACAUCUUCAGUCUGACUCUGCACAGAGUAUCCCCUCUGCCUUGAGUGCUCCCAUCAGGUGGGCUUGAAGUUUUCCUUAGGACUGAGGAUGUCCACCACAGGGCCCCAGUCCCCUGCUCAUUCCUACUUCUCUAGUGUCUUGACUAGGAGUCUUACUGGGCUGGUUGGGCUGCAAGCUCCUACCCGAAGUCUCCCGAGAGGAAUACACUUUGGGGAGAUGCCCUGGUUUCCUGCCUCCAUUUCCCUGGGGCCACUGCAGUAUGAGCAACUCUUUUCCAGAUCUAAGGACUCCAAGAGAACUGACUGGGAGAGCCUUCAGCUGUUGUUCUAAAGUAAGAGUUCAUCUGAGUAUUGAUCAUGUCAUGGACUUUGAAUGUCAGGGCUGGGUGGGUCUGGAGACCCCCAGGGAGGGGCCUGAGGCUUUCCUGACCCCUCAGACACUGGAACUGCUGAAUGGAAUUGGAAUGUUUUCUGAGGCAUACCCAGGCUUGAAUCACUUGGGACACCUGCUGUGGCGACUUCACCCACCCAUCCUCCAGGAACCUAGCAAGUAGAUUCUGGGCAAGCUUGCCAGUGACAGACAACAGUUAGCAACAAGGACUUUCCCAGCACCAUGGACCACAGAAUCUACAGCAGUCAGCCAGAACUUCUGAUCCACCUCUCUGGGUAGCACCUCCCCAUCCUCAUGGAGCUGAGCAUAUAGCUGGGCCCAAAGGCAUGGGGUUGGCAACAGAUGCCUAACUAUAGUUAUAGGCCUACCUGUUGAUAUAAGGGCUGGGAUGGUCAGAGCUGUGGCCAAGGCCAUGAGAGCUCAGAGAGGGAGCUUGAGGAACUUACUGUGGGCCAGGCUGGUAAGAGGAAGUCAGCUGGAAAACUUGGGAGACAGAGAAAGGCCUCCUGGGUGAGGGACAGAACAAGCAGUGAUGAACUUGUGUGUGACUUGGGAGUGGUUUUGAGAUGAGGGUGCCAGGUGCCACCAUCUCUUCACCUGGAACCUCAAUUCCUUGUACAGUCUCUCUUGCCAACUCAGAAUGGCCAGGUAGAGCCUCCAUCUAAACCCAGGCUGAAUUAUAGCCAUGAUGGCAGGCUUAGUCAUCUUAUAUGACAGUCUCUCAUGUCUGUAUGUCACCAGGUUAGCAGAGAGCUGGGGUAGAAAGAGCCUGGACUUGGGAUCAUCAGGCCUAGCAGGUCUUAUCCUAGCUACACCUCUGCUUUACCGUGAGUCCUCUGCCCCCAGCUGCCUUUUCCUUCCCGAGCCUUGGCUAACUUGUUACAGCAGGGUUGCCUGAUUGCUUUCUUCUUCUCAUCCUCCCUCCUGGGGAGCUGGGGCUGUGACAGGGUCAUCUGGGGGCACGACCUCCAUUUUUGAGCAAGCAUAUGGGGAUGGAUACCUGAGUCCUGCUAAUGUUUGGAUCCAGUGGGAAACAAGAACAUUCUGAGGGGUGGGAAUUAUAAGGGCCCUAAAAAAGACCUAGUCUGGCUACCCUAGGGAAACUGAAGCCCAGCUUGGGGAAACCCAGGACCAUGCAGAGAGUUAGAGAAGACUUCCUCUGGCCAUCCCCAAGUGUUUUGUUCCCCCAUACUCCAACAGGCUUGUAGAAUACAAGAGACCCAGAUUCAGUAAAGUGGAUUCCCUAGCAAUGACUGGUGGAAGUAGGGCUGGGACUUGGACCCUGGACCCCUAACACGUGGUGAUCUGUUACCCCCUUCUAUCAUCUCAUAUUCCUGGGAGAGGAGUUGACAGUGAGGAUGGCAAGAGAGGUUUCUGCUCUAGACUGGUGUCUGGGGCUGUUAGAACUACCAAGGAAACCCAGUACCUGGCCAGAGGUGGAGACCAGAGAGUCACAGCAGGUAUAUCCACCCCUGUGGAAACUGUUUGGCAGAGAAGAAGGUGGCUGGGGCCAGAGCCUCCUCCAGGAGCUGAGGCAAACUGGCCCCAACCUCCACCUGCCAGGUAAGGGUGGAGCAGGAUGUUACUUGGCUCCUCCCUUUCUCCCUCCUACUCCCUCACAGGAAGUGGUGUUAGGGUCCUUGGCAUAGGCCUUUUGGGCCUCUGCCCCUAGCCACUCCUCUCUUGGAAUGAUAUGCACCCAUAUCUUUGGGUCCUGGUCCUUUCUUGUAGUUUCAGUCUUUAGGAAGAAGUCAGCCCCCACUGAACUAGCUGCUAAAGACACGUACCAUCAUUCCUCUGCAGAGCCCACGUGGCACCACAGCAGCCCCUGCCCCUAUCCCAUUCCUGAUCUUGCCCUUGUAAGGGGCUCCCUCCAAGCUUUUCCUCUCUCACCUGAGGCCUUGAUAGUCCUCAGAUGGAUUUGUAUUAAUUAGACAACCACAUGAUUCCUGGGCUGCCAGGCAGAAGCACAAGAGCACACAGAUGCACACGGAAGUUCACAUACACACCUGCUCUCAUGUAUUCAGAGCUCCCAGGCUGCCCAACAGAACUGCCUGGGGGCUUGGAGAGGAUAGUUUCAAAGGACACAAGUUGUUGAGUAGAUGCCAGAGAAUUCUGAAUGGAAAUCCUGAGACUGGGGCUUCACCAGCAUCCCGGUAGGAGGCCUGGGGCAUUCCUCCAUGGGCCUUCAGCUGUGUGUUCCAGCUCUGACUUUUUGAAAAAGGACAUUUUCAUACCAUUCAUUUAACUCCAACCUAGAGAAAUCUGAAAACAUAUCAAAUUCAUCAUCUCUUUCCCAAAGUGUGUUGGUUAGGGUUAGUGCUUUCAUAUCUGAUGUUGUAUGGUGCUUUGCAAUCCUUGACUAAUGCCCAUUUCACAGAUGGGGAGAUUGACAUUUGGGGCUCAUCAGGUAAGACAGAGAUGAAAUGAACUCUGAUAUCUGGGCCCUAUUCUCUCCCUACAGAGUUGUGCUUCUGUUGUGGGACUAUGGGAUUCGAAAACAUCUGUCUCUCAAUCCUCCAGAAACACCCCCAGACCCACAAUGAGGGAAGAGCAGAACCUGGAGGCUGGCCUCCAGAAGGGCCCUGGGGUUAGUGGACUUGUCAGUCUCACUGAUUCCCAUUAACACUGAAACUUGUAGUCUUUCCUCAAAUUCACACCAAUGCUUCUGAGACUUCAUCCAGGCUCCUUCCCUACUGCACCUUGAGCUCAGAGGUAGUCAGACCUUGUCCAAGGAUACACCGUGAUGCCUGGCAGGCCCAGAUCCCAUUCUCAAGGUGCAGGGUACCAGUAUUAUAAACUGUCCCCUUAUUUCACUUUUCUCUGCUCUUUUUGAUUUGGAGCAGACUGUGACGAUAUGCAGGAGUGCCUGAGCUAGGAUUUAGGGUUCCCACAGGCUCCCAAAACACAGAUGGCAAUAUCAAGGGCCCUCAACUGCUUUCCCAGCCAGGCAGGCAAUGUCAUCCCAUUCCCCAGGCAAGGCAAGAGGCAGCAUGGCAUGGUGGGGCCAUGAUGCCCAGGAGUGUGGAAACUUGUAAAUCACUGACAACCAGGAGAAAAAUAUAUCUGUGGUCCAAAUCUGACCCAUUGGCCCUCAACUUGCCUCCCAAUCUUUGUCAAAUGCCCCCUUUCUUCCUCACCUCCCUGACCUUCAUCGUACAUUUGGAGAAGGUGGGAGCCCAGAGAAGUGAGAGAUGUGCUUCAGGUCAUCUAGCAAGUUGGUGGCAGAAAUAGGCAAACUCACCCUUCUGGUCACAUCCUUGGCUCUGGCUUUGAAGGCAGGAUGAGGUGAAUGGGAGUGGUGGUGGUUUAGCUUUCACGCAUACAACAAAGAACCCCAGCUGUGGCCACAGAACACUGAUGGAUGAAAUACCUUCAUGAGGAGUCAUACCCCAGAAUACUGCCCUGCCUCUGGCAGCCUUGGCUCUAGCCACCCCCUUGUGGACGACAUUUCUGCUGGAGGAUAGCUCUAAGCCAUGGGGAGCAAAUCUGAAAAACAAAGCAAGCACUCCCUACAGAUAGCUAGAAAUGAGCUAUGUUUCAGAUAUAUCAUCCCAAGAAUGCAGAGAAAAAUCCAGGCCCUUGGAUAGGCCAGGCCCAGGUAGAGAGGGCUGAUCCUGCAGGACCCUGGGCUAGACCAGCUCCACAGCAGCCCUGUGGAGAGGCUGACUCUGCAGCCCUGGCCUUGUCACCCAUCUGGAGCCUUCCUCUGAUGGUUUCCAGACACGCACACUGGUGUUCUUGGUGAAUAUAUUCUUUUAGUUCCCUUGGCCUUGGAGAGGUCUGAGGAAAGUGCACUUCUUAAAAGGUAACAAAAUACAUGAUUGGAAAGUUAGACAGUCAGGCCGUGACUCCUAGCCUGCAGUCUGCCCCACCUCUGGUGGCCCCUUCAGCCCCUUGUUCCCUGUUGUCCCUGGGCCUCAGGAUUCCCUCUUGCAUAUUCAUGGGGGGAGCCACAGUGUUGAUAUGCCCUUCCCCACUGUCAGCUCAGGCAGCCAGGUCCCUAGAGGUUGGCUGCAGAGGAGGGCAGUGAGUCCCUUAUGUGCAUGCACCUGAUGAGGCCGUGAAACUGCUGCUCACUGGAAGCAGCAGAUUCUGGUUUUCCUUUCAUUCUUUGGUAGCUCCUCAGCACCAAGGGAGGGCCCAUUACUGGACUCCCUGAGUACUGAAAGGGAUCUCAGGAUCAUGUCACUGCCAUUUGAGACAUUCAGUCCAGGGGAUCCAGUUUAAUUCAUCCCCAAGUUGGGUGUAUGUCUAUAUAUUCUUUUGCCCACAUCUUAAGACACCUGAACAGCACAAGAAAAAAACAUAGCUAUACUCUUUACCAGGAGUAUCUCAAUGGUUUCUCAAAUGCAGUUGGCUCGAGAUGGGCACUUGGUCUAUGGCAGGAGAGACAGAGGGCCAGCACUGCCCUUUAGCUUUUUGCAGCUCUGAGCAGAACCCAGGGAGGGAAGCAGAUAAAACAGCAGAAUGGGGGGGAGGGUAUUGGCAGUUCUAUGUCUUCCUCUGUGAUUCAGCCAUUUUGGAGACUCCCUGAUGAGGUCCACCAACCCUGUGGCUACGGCUGUUGAGCCACUCUUGUCCCCCAAAUUACCAUGCUUAUGGCCAUAUUUCUCAUCUCCAAUAGCACCAUUAAGAACAAGUGAUUUUGGAUGAUGGAUUUUUGAUUUACAAACGGUGCAUUUUCCUUGGAGUGGAACAGAAAGGAAACCAUUUAAUGGCUCCCUUAUUUUCAAGCAUGAAUACAUUUUAAUGAAACUAUUUUAUUGUAUUUGAGGAAAUGGAGAGUUGAACAUUCCAACCAAUCAAUAGCCAAUUAAUUGCUAUCAAGCUAAAAAGAAAAUAAAUAAAUCCCAAGUCUAUUUUAAACACCCUGCCAAGUUCAGAGCCUCGGAAUCUGGCCUUCCAUCUAUGGUGUGCACGCCAGAGCCCAUACACGGACACAAACACGCACAUACCCCGAGACCUCACAUGUACCUGAAACUCAGAAAAAGCGUUGAGUCUCCUCGUGCCAAUUCUUGCCUGCUCUUCUUGCCUUUGGUCACAGAAGGUGAGCAGACCUGGCAGCAGCCAGUCCUGGGGUUCAGGAAGAGACAAACCUUUUCCCUGGCCCCAAGUUACCAGCACAGUAUGGGGGAACAAGCAGUGAAGGCCUGGCAUUGCCAGGGCCACACUUCUCGUUCCUAACUGCUGGGCCUCCCACAUAGGGUAAGGAUGGAAUUCCGACUCUAGUUUGGCCCUGAUUCCUGCUGGAAGAUGCUGCCCUGGUUAUUCCACCCUCUAGUGGCCUUUGGACAUUUGAGUAUUUGUAGAAAUGCAGAUUACAUUGCAAAUGGAACUCUCUGCCAGGAAGACACAUGGAUUUUGCUUUUCAUUCUUUGAGACAGAUGACUUUGUCUUAGGGACCAACCUUCCAGCAUCAAAGAAAUACAUAUCUACUGUAUCCGCCAAAGUUUGUGAUGCCUGCAUAGACGCUUACUUAUUAAAAAAAAAAAAAGUACAAAAAAAAACCCAACAAAAAAAUUGAAUUGCCUUUGAAA